AUGAUGCCGCAAGAUCCGCUGCAGGCCGUCCUGCCACCCACAACGCUCUCGCGGUCGUACCUGCCUGUCGAGCAUGCCUCGUCCGCCACCGCCACCAUGUUCGCCCAGGCUUCGCACGCUCUGCACACGUCGUCCAAUGGCGCUGUGCGAGGGUCACGCUACAACAACAACAAUAACGGCCUGGGCUCGACCGCGAAGGGUGUUAUGAUCGGUGUGUUCUCGGUUCUGGGCGCUGCAGGCUUCUGUUUCCUCGUCUUCACCAUUGUCUACUACUUCCGCUACACGCAACAAGGUCGUGUGUUCCUUGACCGCAUGACACGACCUGGCGAAUACGAUGACGAGCAGCAGUUCGCCAAGGAGGAGGCUGAAGCGCUUGAAGAGAUGGACGACCUGCAGAGAACCGAGUAUCUGCGAGCGAAAUCUUUCGUUCAAGUCAACCCGCCCGAGUCUGUGCAGACCGACAUCUCCUUAUCGCAAUUCCUCGCAAUACAAGAGAAGGGCGUCUCAGCUUGGGAAUUUGAGCCAGAACUCGAAAUCGCCAACUGUUUCGUCGAAGGUCGGACCGAGAUCGAGUUCUUUGACUCGGAGUGCAGCGUCCAAAGCAAUUUACCGAUACCGAAGCAGAACGAAGUAUACUACUGGGAAGCCAAGAUAUACGAAAAGCCGGAGAACACAAGCAUUGCAAUUGGCGUCACGACAAAGCCUUAUCCGCUAUUCAGGUUACCAGGUUACCACAAGUCUUCCAUCUCCUACGGAUCGAACGGCAAUCGACGCCACAACCAACCCUUCAAACCUUCUGCGUACGGACCGGCAUAUGUUCAAGGAGAUGUCAUUGGAGUAGGAUACAGGCCUCGCACUGGAACGAUUUUCUUCACCCGCAAUGGCAAAAAACUUGACGACGUUGCCCACGGUCUCAAGACCCAAAACUUCUUCCCCACAGUCGGAGCCCAGGGACCUUGUCAGGUGCACGUCAACUUCGGACAGAUGGGAUUCGUGUUCAUUGAAGCAAACGUAAAGAAAUGGGGCCUUGCCCCGCAGACGGGCAGCCUGGCUCCCCCUCCACCGUACGGGAGCGAACAAGGGUCGAUUCUCCUGGACUCUGGUCGCGAAGGCAUCAGGGAAGGCAUGGCUGGCAACUAUAUUUCUGCAGGUUAUGGACAUGCGAGAUCCAGUAGCCAGCAAGUGCGUCUCGGACGUAACCAACCCACAAGCCCUGGCCCUCAGCGCAGUCCCACUGACAUCUCCCUGGCAGCUUUCAGCCUCGUGGACUCCAACGAAGACAUUGGCGAAGGGACCAGCGCAGAAGCCAGCAACGCACACGAGCUGGCGCACGAAGCUGCACGCGGACUGGGAUUCCUUCAGCCUGGAGAGCUUCCACCCGAAUACACCAGCCCUGUUGGAUCACCAAACCUUGAAGCUGGCCGACACAUGCGUGAUUACUGGGAAGAACGGGAACAAACUCCUCUUUUGCAGAAUCAGCAACACGAGCCGGAGUCUGAGCGGCCUCUUCCCAGCUAUGACAGUGCGGUCGCCAACGCGCCACACAUCCGACAGCCCACAAUUCGGGUGCGAAGUGCUACUGAAACCUCUCGCACACCCCGUGGAGGCCGUCGCUGA